GAGUGAAUGGGAUCCGACCCGAUCUAAACGGCGUGCAGCUCUGCCGCUCGACAGGAGAGAAGGACCUCCCCCGUACACACCCACUCAGCCUCCCUGCUCCUCUUCUCUCUUUUAAAACUCUUUUCCCAGGCUUAACCGAGGUUGCUCCCGCUGCUCAGGAACACGUACCGAAGCCAAACCGACCGGGCAGCGCAGCUCCAGGCAUCGGUCCCUGGUGGAGCAGCAGCUACCUCGGGCAGGGCUGUGUUGUUUGACUCCCCAAGCAGGGGAGAAGAUAGUGACAAUUUUUAGGCUGAACACGAGGCAUAUUUAACUAGUUAUAUAACAGUGACCCUGGUCCGUCUCAGCUGGGUGCAGGGAGGAUAUAUGCGUACUGAUUCCCGUCACACCGGCUGGGUGGAUUCAAGCACUAGGAGCUAUUUACCAAAGUUAUUUUCAGAAACCUUAAGUGCAGGUUUCCCUGCCUGUACCCUGGACUGUUUUAUCAGGAGGCAUUUCCCACUUUCGAACUGAACAGCCAGUGAGAGUGGAUUUAGUGCUUGCUGGGCUGCAGGCAGAGAUAACGAGUUGUCGGGAGUGACUGGAAACUUUUGUCCUGAAGACCCCGAGACAAGAAUAGCAGAAGGGGCUGAAAGCGUGCGGCCACAUUGAGCGAGUGUUGGGGCAGUCACAGGCAGAGGUCUUGCCUCAGUGCACUGAGCAGCAUGUUACUCUUGGAUGAGUCUCAGCAGUUUCCAGACCAACCCCAGGAAGCUGUGUUCAGCGGUGACCAUGUUGAACAUGCAGAGGAUGGAGAAUGGCAGCGCUCUACUUCAACUACCUCAUCUCAGAGUGAGCGGGCAGAGCGACUUUUGCAGAACCAGCACAAGAGCCUGGCCUCUGAGGACACCAAAAAGAAGAGGGCUCAGAAACCGUCUCACAUGCGGAGGAACAUAAGAAAGCUGUUGCGUGAGGACCAACUGGAAGCCGUGACAAAAGCAGCCCAGCAGGAAGAGUUGGAGAGAAGGAAACGGCUAGAGCAGCAGCGGAAGGAUUAUCCAGCCACUAUACCAACUGUACCCCUAGAGUUUCUUCCUGAGGACAUCGUUUUCAGAACAGCAGAGGCUACUCAGCUCCCCCCUCAGGUCCUGGCUGAGGAAGUGAUUUGCCUAGAUAGUACCAGCAGUGGCAGUGAAGAUGAUGCUAAAGGAAAAAAUAGCAUUAAAGAUGAAGUGAUUGAGCUGAGUUCAGGAGAGGAUGAUGCCCUCCAAAUUGUGGACAGCAGUGACUCUGGCAAUGAAGGGGAGGAGGAUGGCAGUGAAGAGAGCAGUGGCUCUCAUGUGAAUGAUGCCUUAAAUAAGUCAGAUGCUCUGGGGCAAGUCAUUGUCAACAUCAAUCAUCCACCAAACGAGGAGGACAUUUUCCUGGCUCCCCAGCUUGCACAUGCAGUAAAACCUCAUCAGAUUGGUGGGAUCCGAUUCCUGUAUGACAACUUGGUCGAGUCCUUGGAGAGAUUUAAAACCAGCAGUGGGUUUGGGUGUAUUUUAGCACAUAGCAUGGGCCUGGGCAAGACCAUACAGGUCAUCUCUUUCUUGGAUGUACUUUUUCGGCACACGGAGGCAAAGACUGUUCUUGCCAUUGUACCUGUGAAUACGCUCCAAAACUGGCUAGCAGAAUUCAACAUGUGGCUCCCAGCACCUGAAAACCUUCCUGCUGAUUAUAACUCCAAAGAGGUCCAGCCCCGCACCUUCAAAGUCCACAUCCUGAAUGAUGAACACAAGACAACAGCUGCGCGUGCAAAGGUGGUGAAUGACUGGGUCAUAGAAGGUGGUGUGCUGCUUAUGGGAUAUGAAAUGUACCGUCUCCUCUCACUGAAGAAGUCCUUUGCCACUGGCAGGAAGAAGAAAACAAAGAAACAAACUGGCCCUGUCAUUAUUGACUUGGAUGAGGAAGACCGGCAGCAAGAGCUUCUGAAAGGGAUUGAGAAAGCUUUGUCUCGCCCUGGGCCAGAUGUGGUUAUUUGUGAUGAGGGACACCGGAUAAAGAACUGCCAUGCCAGCACUUCGCAGGCCCUGAAGAACAUCCGCUCCCGCCGGCGGGUGGUGCUGACUGGCUACCCCCUCCAGAACAACCUCAUUGAGUAUUGGUGCAUGGUAGACUUUGUCCGACCUGACUUUCUAGGCUCACGGCAGGAAUUCAGCAACAUGUUUGAGCGCCCUAUCCUGAAUGGGCAGUGUAUUGACAGCACCCCUCAAGAUGUCCGUCUCAUGAGGUAUCGCAGUCAUGUCCUGCAUAGCCUGUUGGAAGGCUUUGUGCAGCGGCGAGGCCACAAUGUGCUGAAGGUUCAGCUCCCAUCUAAGGAAGAACAUGUCAUUUUGGUACGUCUGUCAAAGAUACAGCGGGCCCUUUAUACGGAGUUCAUGAAUCGGUUCCGAGAUGCAGGCAACAGUGGCUGGCUGGGACUGAACCCACUCAAAGCUUUCUGUGUCUGUUGUAAGAUCUGGAAUCAUCCAGAUGUGUUAUAUGAAGCUCUGCAAAAGGAGAAUCUGGCAAAUGAGCAGGAUUUGGAUGUGGAUGACCUUGGCACAGCAAGUACUAAUUCCCGCUGCCAGCCUCAGGGAAUUAAAGUCAAAACAGAGAGUAAUGCAUUGGCAUCACCAGUUGGAGAAGCUACCAAUAGCAAGUUCCUCCAGAGCGUUGGCUUCAACCCUUUUCAGGAGAGAGCGAAUCAGGUCGUUACUUAUGAGUGGGCCAAAGACAUCUUGUGUAAUUACCAGACGGGAGUCUUGGAGAACUCACCCAAGAUGGUGUUACUGUUCCACCUAAUUGAGGAAAGUGUGAAGCUUGGAGACAAGAUCUUGGUCUUCAGCCAGAGCUUGUCCACGUUAUCCGUCAUUGAAGAGUUUUUGGCAAAGAGACCAAUGCCGAGUCCUCCAGGCUCAGAUGGAGGAGUUCACAACUGGGUCCGAAACAUCAACUAUUACAGACUGGAUGGCAGCACCUCUGCCUCGGAAAGGGAACGACUGAUUAACCAGUUCAAUGACCCCAGCAACACCUCUGUUUGGCUCUUCCUUUUGUCCACACGUGCUGGGUGUUUGGGUGUCAACCUCAUUGGAGCAAACAGAGUGGUGGUGUUUGACGCUUCUUGGAACCCGUGCCAUGACGCCCAGGCUGUGUGCCGAGUGUACCGCUAUGGGCAGAAGAAGCCGUGCCACAUUUACAGACUGGUUUCUGAUUACACCCUUGAGAAGAAGAUCUAUGACCGUCAGAUCUCCAAGCAGGGCAUGUCGGAUCGGGUGGUAGAUGAUCUCAACCCAGUGCUGAACUUCACCCGGCGGGAGGUGGAGAACCUGCUGCAUUUUGUGGAAGAAGAAUCUGAUCCUGCUCAGCUCUCCCUCAAUCCAAGCAAGAUGAAGGAGUCUGUUCUACAAUUAGCCUGUCUCAAGUAUCCUCACCUCAUCACCAAGGAGCCUUUUCAGCAUGAGUCACUGCUGAUCGACCGGAAGGAGCACAAGCUGACCAAGGCAGAGAAGAAAGCAGCCAAGAAGAGCUAUGAGGAGGAAAAGCGAGCAUCCGUCCCCUACACCCGGCCGUCCUACGCACAGUAUUACCCAGCCAGUGACCAGAGUCUGACGAGCAUCCCUGCCUUUAGCCAGAGGAACUGGCGACCAGCCCUCAAGGGUGAGGACAAGCCGGUAGCAAGCGUCCGCCCAGUUCAAUCCACCCCCAUUCCUAUGAUGCCCCGGCAUGUCCCCAUGGGCAGUGCAGGAUCAACCUCAAGUUCCAACCCCGCUGUCAACUUCCCCAUCAACUAUCUACAGCGAGCCGGUGUCUUUGUGCAGAAGAUUGUCACCACCACAGAUAUUGUGAUUCCGGGUACAAACACAUCCACUGAUGUACAGGCAAGAAUCAGUGCUGGCGAGAGCAUCCACAUCAUCCGAGGGACAAAAGGGACGUAUAUCCGGACCAGCGAUGGGCGGAUUUUUGCUAUCCGGACCACUGGGAAGCCAAAGGGCAAUGAAGACCGUCGGACAGCUGCCUCAGGCUCCCAGAGCUCUUCACUGGAGUCCACAAGCAAUGGCAGACACAGUGCCUCAUCACCACAGCUCCCCAGCACGGAGGAGCUCACUCGGCCCAUAUCCCCUGACAGCCCCGAGAUCAUCAGCGAGCUGCAGCAGUAUGCGGAGGCAGCGGCUGCCCGGGAGUCCCGGCACAGCUCUCCCAGCACCAACGCAGUGCAAGGCCACCCUGCCCGCACAGACAACGCACCUGGCUUAGCAGCCCGAGGAGCGGAGCAGCAUGUGGGGAUUCACUGCAUGGCUCCCUCUGUGUCUUCAGCCCUACCGGCCACCAGCCAGCACGUCGAUGCCCACUCGGUGUUGGACUUACGGGGCAACAAGCGCAAGUCGACCUCACCGUCGGCUCCGGAGGAGCAAGCCCGCAGGCAGCAGAAGAAGCGCCAGUUGCCAUCGUCCAUGCAGCCGUACGAACACGGGUACCCCGUCUCUGGUGGGUUCACCAUGCCUCCUGUCUCUUUAAACCACAACCUAACCCAUCCAUUUGCCUCCCAACCAGGAAACUCCUUGUACAUGGGCACUGGCUCCUCUUAUUACCAGCUGCCCAAUUUACUCCCAGACCCUCAUCUGGUGUUCCCUGUGACUACUGACCCUCUGCUGACAGCCGGCACCGCCAGCUCUUCUGCUGCUACCUCAGCCACCGCCAGCGUCCCCUCAUUCAUGCUAAACCCUUCUCUGACCGGGGUGCUGCCCAAUUACUCUCUUCCCUUCACGCAGUCACUCCUGCCCGAGCCCAGGAUGUUUGCUCCUUUCCCAGCCCCCGUCUUGCCUAGCAGCCUUUCCAGGAGCAUGGCAUCUGCCUACCCUGGCUACAUGUCCCCUCACUCGGGCUACCCGGCCGGGGGCCUCCUUCGGUCCCAGGUGCCUCAGUUUGAACCCCAGGAGGUCCCAGAGGUGGGAUGCAGCUCUAAUGACGAGGACAAAGACGACGAUGUUAUAGAGAUCACAGGGAAAUAAUGGGCCCAGCUCCUGCUCGGUCUCAGCUCCGCCAGGAGGCAAAAGUUGCAGGACCUUUUUGGGAGUCAGGAUUUCCCCUCUGGGCCACAGCAGCGGGUGGAGAAGGAUGCGAAGGGUGUGGCGUGGGGGUUGUUUUGUUCUUUUCAUUUUGUUUUGUUGUUUUUUAGCUGUCAAGGAUCUUAAUUGUAUUAGGGGCUGGGAGAUGGGAGGGUGAUAGAGUGGACCUGCAAGGGCCUGGGGAGCAAGAGCCAGGGGAGGAGGGAAGCAGCAAUGCAAACCAUAGGAGUGCCUCCCUCCCACGCUGUCUGUCUGUCUCUGUUCUCUGUCUUGUCUGGAAGGGGGAGGCUUGGUGUUGCGAGUUCCUGCCCUUCUCAGGCCUGGAGGCAUGGGCUUGACCGCUGGCAGGGCCGAGCUCCCUCUCACAUGAACUGCCUUAUCUGUGAACUUCUCUCACUCCGGGAGGUGUGGGCCGGGGGGGCGACUCCAGCAGAGGUUGGGGACGAAGCAUUUUUACUGGGGAGGAAUUGGGGGGGCUUCUACAUCGUGUAUGUUGGGGGGGGGGAGGAGGGAUUGAUGUAAAAAAAAAAAAAAAAAAAAAAAAAAGAAAAAAAAAAAAGAAAAAAGAAACAAAACACCCCACAAACAAUUUGUCAUCCUCUUCAAAUUCACAUGAAACUAGUGUGAGGGCUCCAGGCAGGCUCCUGCUGCAGCAAGGAGGGCAGGGCUCUGGCGGGGGGCUCCCCCAGGCCCUUCUGGAAGGUCCUGUCCUCCCCCAGGCCCUUCUGGAGGGUCCUAUCCAAGGUAGGUUGGCCCUGUGGUUCUGUGUGCCAGAUGAGUGGAGCAAUCCCAGACGUCUCGGUGGCCGUUGGAGGGGAAUCCUGGUGACUUCCCUGGCUCCGUGGCGCUGCCAGGCUGUGUGAAGGCCACGUCUCACCCCGCUGUGGCCCACCAGAUCCAGGGGUAGGUGGGCUCGCUGCUGCUUCUCCACUGUGCCAGGCAGGUGGAGAAGUUUGGGAGGGGACACUGGAGCCAGUGCCAGUUGCUGUUGAAUCUGUGAUUGGAGCGACUUCCCCCUGCACAGAACCUCUACAUUAAUUUAUUUCAUGAAGGCAUAAUAUUUAUUGUUUGGGGGACUCUUUCUUUCUACUUUUAAAUUAAUUUCCAUAUUAAAAAAAAUAAAAUUCUGGCCUCCAUCAUGCAGUGGUUGCUUGUUGGGUUGUCUGUGUGGGGAGAAGCAGCCGGUUGACCAAAGCAUAGUCUUAGAAGCAGGGCCAGCUGCGGAGGUUGCCUGUAGCUGACCUGUGUCGCGUUGGCUGGAUGUGCCCCAUCGGGGGAUCAUGCCAGAGCAGGGAGGAGCUGCUCUGGGGCGUUCUGCAGCAGCCAGAGGGAGGAUGGAGUCCUCUUGUCAUGUUGGGGCAGGUGGAGGAGCACUUGUGGAAGCCUCCUGUGCUCAUUCCCCGUGAGGAGGAGGGCUGCGAGGCGUGCGGAGUUGGGAAGGCAGAGCUCCUGCCGGGGACGUGCCUAGCCCCGACAGCGAACGCGCUGGCUGCUCGCCUCGGUGCCGGGGCUCCUAGGGAGAGGUGGGGCUACCCAAGCGCAGUUGGACUUGGUGUGCGUGACUGUGUGCGUGAACGUGUUAGCUUGGAGACUUGAAAUCCAGGGAACCUCUGUGUCGCAUCCGGGUGUCACCAGGCAGAUGUGCACACCUGUGUGGGAUGUCCCUGCAGCAUGGCUGGGACCUUGGAGCAGUGGUAGCUUGUAGGGGACCUCUCGGGCCGUGGAAGCUGCAGUCACUGGUGUUUGCUGGGACCAGCUAGGUCUAGGAAAGGGCAGGAUGUCUUGACAUCCUCUAUCAAAGGGGUGCUGGAAGAUGGGGACCUCCCUUCCUGAGAGAGACAGAGGGAUGUGUGUGCACGUGUGUGUUACAAAAACAUAAUAAAAAAAUGUUAUGGGGCUUUCCUAGUGUCUUUCUCUGUUUAAUGGACAUUGUCUGUCAAACAUAACCACACCAUUCAUAGAAGCCUUAGAUCAACAGUUUAGCUAUGCAAAUUAUUUUAAUUAUUUUUUUAAAAAACCAAACAUUAAAAUAGUGCUUUCUUCUUUAACAUA